AUGUUCCAAGCUUUUGUGGCAGCCCUUGCUUUAACGCAUGCACUUGCUAGCCCAUUGACCGACCUCCCUUGCGGAAAGAACUCUACUGCAAAGCAAGGUCAUCGGAAUCUCCUAUACGUAACAAAUUGGGGUAUCUAUGGAGCGGGCUAUAACCCCGACAACCUUCCUGUGAAAGAUAUCACGCAUGUGCUGUACGCAUUCGCAGACAUCAAACCAAACGGAACUGUCGUCUCGUCAGAUCCUUGGGCCGACACCGGCAAGCCCUUUGGCAACGAAAGCACCACUGGCCCUGGUCACAACGCCCACGGCCACGUCAAACAGCUCUACCUAAAGAAGAUGACCAACCGAAACAUGAAAGUCAUUUUGUCCAUUGGCGGCUACAAUUGGUCGCCUAAGUUCGAACCCAUCGCGGUAGACAAGUUUCGCCGCGCUACAUUUGUCUCCUCCGCUAUUAAACUCAUGGCCGACUUUGGUAUGGACGGCAUCGACAUCGACUACGAGUACCCCAACACCACUGAAAAGAAUCAAAACUGCGUAAAGCUCCUGUCCGAACUUCGCUUGGGACUGGACGACUUUUCAGCAAAGAACGCAGGCGGAUACCAUUUCACUAUGGGCUUUCCUGCUCCUGCAGGACCCCAGAACUACAAGGCAUUUGACUUUCAAGCGAUGGACAAGUCGCUAGAUUUCUGGUCACUCAUGGCGUUCGACUUUUCUGGUGCCUGGGAGAACACUACAGGUCACCAGUCCAACGUCUUUCGCAGCAAGCGGAACCCGCAGAGCACUAAGGCGAGCGUCGAGAGGGCUUUCGAGGACUACGUGGGAGAAGGAGGGAUUUCUCCAGCGAAGAUAAACCUCGGCAUGCCCCUCUAUGGCCGUGCAUUCAGCAACACCAAAGGGCUUGGGAAAUCGUACAACGGGCUACCGAAUGGCACACUCGGCCAAGCCGGGAUCUAUCUGUACAAAGACCUCCCCCGGCCCGGUGCAACAGUGCAUUGGGAUAGUGCAGUCAAGGCCACGUAUUCCUACAAUAACGUCACGCGAGAGUUGGUGACCUUUGACGAUAUGAGGAGCGCAAAGUAUAAGCAGGCUUAUAUUAAAAGAAAGAGGCUCGGCGGCGCCAUGUUUUGGGAGGCUACAGGCGACAAGGCGGGUGAUGAGAGUCUCGUUCGUAGUAUGGCGAAAGGGAUGGGCAAGCUUGACCAGUCGCAGAACUUGUUGUCGUAUCCGACUUCUCAGUAUGACAAUGUCCGCAAUGGGAUGAAAGGGAACUCCACCUUGACACUCAGAGGAAAGCCGUGA